CAAAAAGGGAAAUGGUACCCUCGGGUUGCUGCCCUGCUUCAUCAUCAACACGGUGGCUGAACAAGUGACAAGAACAAGAAACCAUGAAUCAUCAGUGAGGGCCUUUGGUCGAAGCUUAGAUUGUUUAUGACUGACAUUUUAAUUGUUGGUGCUGUUGCUCCCGGUAGUCUACUUGGAAUAGGUGACAUUCGUGUAAAGUAUUGAAGUUGUUUGAAUUAACCUUGCGCAGCCAGUGGCUUUAUUCUGGGGUUUUGACAUUAGCUAGCUAAACCCACCAAGCUCAGUUACACUUAAAAACACUUUUGUGAAAGAUGGCUGACAACGGAGCCCACCCGGCUGAGGAGGACCCAGCCGCAGCUUUCCUGGCUCAGCAGGAGAGUGAGAUAGCGGGGAUAGAGAACGACGGCGACGGAUUUGGGGCGCUGGAGGGAGCGGACGGCCAACAGCCGGCUCAGCCGGCCAACUAUGACGGUUUUGAAGACGAAUCUUCCACUGUGAAUGGGGAUAUGUUUCAGGAGUCCAAUGGCCCAACAGACAACUAUGCAGCCAUCGCCCAGGUGGAUAUUCAGAGACAAGAGCCAGAGAGUUUACGCAAGUGGAGGGAGGAGCAGAAGGCACGCCUUGAAGCAUUAGACUCGGCAUCCAAGGCAGCAGAGGCAGACUGGAGAGAGAGAGCCAAAAAGGAGCUGGAGGACUGGCAUGUGCACCAGAAUGAGCAGAUGGAAAAGAACAAGGCCAACAACAGACUCUGUCCAAGUCUGGCACGGAUUGCUGACAAGGCUUUCUACAAACAGCCCAACUCUGGUGUUAUAGGCUUUGUAGCAUCGGAGGAGGCUUUCCUGGCAGAGAGUGAUGGCGACAUCCCAGGAUCUGAAUGGGAGAGAGUAGCCCGUCUCUGUGACUUCAAUCCCAAAACCAACAAACAGGCAAAGGAUGUUUCUCGAAUGCGUUCUGUCCUCAUUUCUCUCAAACAGACACCUCUAGUUCGCUAGAGGAGGCGGCAGGGAGAAUUUUGCUCUGGAAACAUUGCCUUUUCAGUUUUAACGUCACGUCAAAUCAGAAGAGUUUGUAUGCCCUUUUCCAUAAAUUUCCUGGUAUGUUUAUAACCUUUAAAACCUUCCCGCCUUUCUUGAUGCCUGUUACCCUAACCUCACUCUCUUGUGAGAAGAUGGACUGCUCUAUUGUUACAACAUGCAUUAGCUGGUCAGUUUUAUCACUGCUAUACAAAAGAAAAUAUUGUUACUAUAAGUUAAACAUUUUCCUUCCCUUUUAACUUAUAAAUUGUUAUUGGGUAUACUUUAUUGCAUGCUUCUGCCAAUAUUUUGGUUUUGUUUUAUAAAUUUUCAUUUUUCGGUCAGUGUCACACACUUACUUAUUGAGCACUGUAAAGGAUUAGAUUGUAACCACUAAUGCCUCUCAUCAAUGUAAAAUUGUAAACACAAAUUCUUUGUUCACAUUUGUUGUACUAUAUCCCCAAUCAAUGCAUUUAAAGUAGCUAGCAUAUUUUUCUUUCACGCACAUAUGCUUGUGGCCUUUUAAUCUUGUUCUUACUCCAGUUUGAGUAUUUAGCCAGAUGGGUAUCCUCUUCAAUUAGGCAAGAUUUCUUUAAAAGAAAAAAAUCGCAACCAAAGAUUCCAAUUAUCAUCUAAAUUGUCAGAGUUCACGAUUAAAGGCUUGUGCGAUUACUCAUUUCACUGGUUUUCUCAGCAAAAACUUUAAUGCACAGUUUUGUGUUACACUAAAUGUGUUUUAUAUUUUUAAAAAAGAAAUCAAUGAGGCGUCAGGUUCAACAAUGUCUGCACGUUGUUUCACAUGUUGCCUAUUUUGACAUUAUGAAUACUGAAAAAGUGAAUGUUAAAAGGGAACUGGAAAAUAAAAAGACAGUGGAGUACCAUCA